CAAACUUUAGGUGAAGAUAAUAGCCGUUGACUUCAAUCGUACAGACAUUUACGAUAAGAUCACUCGCGAGUUGAAUGGCGUGGAAGUGGUGGAUGUGUUGGUGAACAAUGUGGGGACUCUUAGCCGAUGCGCCGACUAUUUCCUGGACAUCGGGUCCCAAAUGAACGAAACGUAUUUCAAAGUGAAUAUGUUUUCGUAUAUAAGACUCAUUGAAAUAGUUUUGCCAAAAAUGGUUCAACAAAAUCGCGGUAUUGUUAUCAACGUGUCGUCGCAGACAGCGUUAGCACCGGUACCUCUCAUGACUACUUAUGCCGCGACCAAAGCGUUCAUUACAUUCCUGUCGGAAGGCCUGUCCGUUGAGUACGAGUCCAAAGGCGUGACAAUACAGACAGUGAUGCCAUCGAUGACUAAGACGAAGCUAUUGCACGGCUCUCACAGAUCGUCAUUCUUUGCGGUCACUCCCGAGGACUUUGUCUCGUCCGCCAUCAACACCGUUGGCAUCGAAACCCUGACUUUCGGUCAUUGGAAACACAAACUACUUGUUUAUAUCAUUGAGUGGUUUACAUAUGUGUGCGGAAACAGAUUCACCGCUAACUUAGCGCUUAAAGUGUUGAAGCAAUCGAGAGAUGAAUACUACAUGAGAAUCAACUCAAAGAUUGAGUGAUUUGUCACACAACUAGUCAUACAUUAACC